AUGACCAUAUUUGACGAGAUAAAGCACGUCCAGAGGCUGGCCGAGGCGGAGGCCGCGGGUGAUCCCAAUGCUCACGGUGAACUGCUGGCUGCUAUUCGCAAGCUGCAAUUGGCGGCGGAAAAGCCGAUUGACACAACUUCUCGAGUAAACUUUCAGUUGGUAGGUGCAUCGCUCCGUCUGCAGAUCGAUAUUGAUUCAUUAGUCCGUGUGAUGCGUGUGUUGACCGCAAUUGGAUUUGCCCUCGAGACGGCCAACCAAACUUACGCGGCGAAUGAGACAACCCAUUUUGAGAUCCUCCCUGGAUCAAUUGCCGCUGUGAAGCAUCACUUCGAGCCCGACUUUGGCAUGGGAGCCAAACUGAUCGAGUACAUGCGCGGUCCAGGCGUUAGCCAAUUUGCCGAUGAACCCGGCCAGCAAACCCUGUUCAAGUAUGCACAUGGUUUUGACAAAAUCUUCGGCAUGCUCGAACAAAACCCGGAGCAGAAGGAGGCGUUCGAUGACUACAUGGCGUCUCGACGGUUGACCAACCAGCCGCAGUGGUUCGAAACCUAUCCUGCAGCCGAGAGUCUGCGGGAUGUGCGAGACAGUCCAGAUUCUGUCCUGCUGGUCGAUGUGGGAGGAGGACCAGGACAGGAAAUGUCGCGCUUCAGACAACGGCACCCGGACGUUCCGGGGAGAAUCAUCUUGCAAGAUCUCCCUCUAACCCUCAAUCGGAUUGUGAAGAUACCAGAGGGGAUUGAGCCAAUGGAGCACGAUUUCUUCAAUCCGCAGCCGGUCAAGGGUGCUCGGGCUUAUUUCUUUCGGCAAGUGCUGCAUAACUGGUCCGACGCCAAAAGCAGGCAGAUUCUGUCGCACAUUGCCGAUGCCAUGGAGCCAGAAUACUCCACCCUGCUGAUCGCGGACUACGUGUUGCCGGAUACUGGGGCCGAGCUGAGAGCUGCUGAGAUGGAUAUUCUCAUGUGGCUACAUACUGCCGGUCUCGAGCGAACGGUGUCGCAGUGGAGGUCCUUAUUCGACGCGGUAGGCCUCGAGCUGGUGCAGAUCUGGAAUACCGACAAGGGAGAUGAGUCGGUGCUAGUAGUGAAGAGAAAGUUGUGA